AUGUCGGAGACUGUAAUUCCUGUGUAUCUCAAGAACGGCGAAGAAGUAAAAGUCAAUGACCACGUCUACUGCUCACCGCCUUGGGCAGUUCGUGAUGGCACGCCAUACUCUGUUGCGCGAAUAAUGGAGUUCUUGCCACCAGAAGAUGCACCGAAGGGUCCAGAGGGCAAACUGUGUUUUUAUAGCCGCGUUCGUCUUGCGUGGUAUUAUCGACCAAGCGACGUGAGCGACCGUCCCGUCACCGACUCCCGAAUCCUAUUGGCUGCCAUCUAUUCCGAAAUCUGCGACAUCAAUCAACUCCGCGCCAAAUGCUAUGUCGUUCAUCGCGAUAAAAUUUCAGACCUUUCAGGCUGGAAGAAACGCCCGGACCGCUUUUAUUUCAAUCGCCUUUUUGACCCAUACAUCAAAAGGGAAUUCGAGGUCAUUCAGUCAGUAGACUGUCGCAAUCUGCCAGAUAACAUCAGAGACACACUUAUAGAACGUUACGAAUAUGUUGUGGUGGAGAAAGAGGUGGUUCCGGACCUCACUGACGUCCUGCGUCUCUGUGAUUCUUGCCAAAUUUGGUGUCCAAGUGCCGACUCUGUUCAGUGCGACGGUUGCAAACGAUUCUUUCAUAUGGGAUGCGUCCAGCCCCCUCUAGCUGCCAAGCCAUCGAGAGGCUAUGGCUGGACCUGCGCUCCUUGCUCUAAACGGCACGAAGAAGAGGUUGAUAGUCGUGAUCGACCUCUCAAUACCGGAUUCCCACGCAAAACCAACGCUCCAGCUAUGCGUGGCCGUGGCCGGCCUCGGAAAGAUCGCUUACAGGCUGAGAAAGAGGAGAAACUCGAUAUCAAGCACUUUCGCAUGUGGCCCUUCCGGUAUUUCGGUCAGCAUACUGUCGCGGAAGAUACUCUGGACCCAGAAGACUUGAUAUUUCCUCGAACUGCCAUCAGACUUGGGGCCAAGUUUCAAGCUCUUGUGCCAGAUGAUAUCGUCAACACGGAACCUCAUGCAGAACAAGAUGCCCGCGGUGGGGAUAAUACUGUGGAAGUAUUGAGCGCGAUCAACAUUUUGAGUGAUUCCGAAGCUGCUGAAAUGGAAUCUUGCAAAGCCCGGCUUACGAACGACAAGGGUCUUCGAUCCAGCGUUGACUGGUUGACAGAAGUCAUCCACCGAUUUUCCGUCGCAGCGCUCACCGCUCGUCCGUUUUCGACUGUGAACAUGAAAUCACCCAUGCGUCUGGAGAAGUGGAAACGGACAGAAACUCGCUACAUGGACAAACCGUGGGGCCCAGAAGAAAUCGCUGCUUUCGAAGAUGGCCUCGCAGCCCAUGGAGCAGAACUUCGCGCCGUCAGGGAAGAAGUUCCCACGCGAUCGAUAUAUGAAGUAGUGCGCUUCUAUGGACAUUGGAAGUGUGCUCGACUGGGUGAGGAAAAUCGCCGUAUACUGGAGCAUGGCAAACCUGUGAAGCCACCGGCCAAGCAAUAUCGCAGUCUCGAAGAAGCAGCCGCUGGUCAGCAUGUCGGGCCAUCGGAAGAUGAGGGUUCAGUCCUUCAUCCCUCCAAGACUGCGACAUGUGGGGCGUGUCGCACCCGCGAAUCCAAGACGUGGUGGAAGGCGCCAAAGGGGCUGAGUACGAGUAUCCUUUGUGAAACUUGUGGGACCAAUUGGCGUAAAUAUGCUGACCUCAAUGUUCGUCCUACAAGGGAAGAGUCCGUUCCAGUGGCGGCCGUUGUUGCAAAGAAGCCCGCUGAAAAGGUUGCUCCCCCAGAAAAGCGGGAAGGGACGCCACUCCAAGGUCCGGUGGCGAAACGAGCAAGAACAUCAACCUCUGCGCAAUCUACCCCACCUCCAGCACUCUCCACUGCGCCGCAACUCCGAUGUAUGGCCUGCCACAAGAAUGGUCCUCUUGGUAAGGUCCUACAGUGUAAACGAUGUUCGUUCCGUGUUCAUGCUGGUGUUUGCGGUGCCAUUGUUGGUCCUAAUUCCGUCGAUUCAUGGAUAUGUGACGUAUGCAAGAACGAAGAACUACAAGAAGCCGCCCUGAAUUCAGAGUGUCUCGUUUGUCCUAGAGAACGCAAAGGAGUAGUCAAGCCCGCUGUUCCUCCCAAUCCCCUGCCACCGGACUCGUAUUUGCAUGCUCGUAAGCCGACCGAGGGCCAGGGUUGGACCCAUGUCCUUUGUUCAGUCUUCAUGAACGAGAUAACGUAUACCGAUGCGUCACGGCUACGUUGCGUGGAAGGUCUAAGCUCCAUCGCCCGACACCGCUGGACAACACGAUGUAGCAUAUGCCACCAAACAGAGGGAGCCGUCAUUCGAUGUUCCGACUGCAACAGAGAAUACCAUGCGUCUUGUGCAUGGAAACAGGGCUAUAAAUUUGGCUUUGAGAUCCAGCCAGUCAAGAGCUCACGACGAGACACCACUACCAUGAUCACGUUCAAGGGGGAAUCCGGUUGUAUGGGACCGAUUGUCUCGUGCAAGGAACACCAACGAAGUAAACGUGACAUGUACGGCCUCUGCGAAAUGAAUGAAGGGGGAGAGACUGCACUUCAAGUUUAUUGUCGGGCCUACAAGCAGGCGCCUGUGACUCAAGCUCAUGGACUCCUCCGUAAAGCCCGUCGUUUGGACCCUCUCUUCCGCCUCGAUGCCUACCAAGCAGAACAAGACGAUCCGGAAUGUUUCCGCUGUCGAACACAUUUCUCCCCUGCCUUUUAUCCAGUCAAGACUCAGGGUGAAAACACGUUUGCUUGUCAUUCUUGCCACUUUCUUGAUAACGUCGCGGACUCUGCGAUGCUAGUCGACGUCCAUUGA